CAACUCUUGAAUUAUUCUCCUCCACCACUCUCUUCCCCUUGCCCCAGGCCCCGUCUCUCGAAUUGUACUAUUCUUUCUUAAUUCUAAGAAAUCAUCAAUGAACAUUUGGGUUCAUUAAGAUUAGAGAGUCCCAGUUUUUUAUUUCAAGAAAUGGCCACCUUUCCUGCUUCUUUUUCUACGCCGACAUUGUAUAAGCUAAUUUUUCUAUCUCCAAACAAACCAGCUACUAGAAUUAAAUGUUCAUUAUCUAAAUCCAGUAAUUUUGAGUCUAGAAACAGUAUCAAGAUUCUUAGAACUAGAAUCAGAGCUGUUCAGAGAGAAGAAAGUGUUGUACUAGAAGAGGGAGACAACGAAAUAAUUACUAAAUUAAAUGGUAGUGUGAAUGGGUCUGCUAAUGGUAAUUAUGGUUACGGUAAUGGUUCGAUUGAGAAAUCUACAAAUGGAAGUCUGAAAAUUGAGAGUCAGAAUGGGAGUUUGGCGAAGUAUGCGAAUGGAAACGGCAAUGGAAGUGUGGCUACUAGAAUCAGAGCUGUUCAGAGAGAAGAAAGUGUUGUACUAGAAGAGGGAGACAACGAAAUAAUUACUAAAUUAAAUGGUAGUGUGAAUGGGUCUGCUAAUGGUAAUUAUGGUUACGGUAAUGGUUCGAUUGAGAAAUCUACAAAUGGAAGUCUGAAAAUUGAGAGUCAGAAUGGGAGUUUGGCGAAGUAUGCGAAUGGAAACGGCAAUGGAAGUGUGGCUGUGAAUACUGGAAAGGAGAUGGUGGAAGUAGUAAAAGUGAAAGAGGGAAUCAAGAAAAAUAAGAGUGUGGAGGAGAUUGGACAAGAGGACGCGUGGUUUAAGCAAAUUGCGCAAGAUCAAGUUGAGGUAUCCGUUGCCCCUGGUGGUCGUUGGAGCAGAUUCAAAACGUAUUCUACAAUUCAAAGGACACUGGAGAUAUGGGGAUUUGUUCUUACCUUUCUAUUCAGGGUUUGGUUAAACAAUCAAAAAUUCUCAUACCGAGGUGGGAUGACAGAGGAAAAGAAGGUUCAGAAGCGGAAGGUCCUUGCCAAGUGGUUGAAGGAAAAUAUUUUGAGAUUAGGCCCUACAUUUAUCAAAAUUGGCCAGCAAUUCUCCACAAGAGUUGAUAUUCUUGCUCAAGAAUAUGUUGAUCAAUUAUCGGAGCUUCAGGAUCAAGUUCCUCCUUUUCCAUCAGAAACUGCUCUGGCAAUAGUUGAGGAAGAACUUGGAGCACCCUUAGAUGAUAUAUUUGAAAGAUUUGACCGAGAGCCAAUUGCUGCGGCAAGUCUCGGUCAGGUCCACCGUGCAAAACUUAAGGGACAGGAAGUCGUCGUCAAAGUACAAAGGCCUGGUCUGAAGGAUCUAUUCGACAUUGAUCUUAAAAACCUAAGGGUGAUAGCUGAAUAUCUUCAGAAGGUUGAUCCAAAAUCAGAUGGUGCAAAAAGAGAUUGGGUCGCUAUCUAUGAUGAGUGCGCAAGUGUUUUAUACCAGGAGAUUGAUUACACAAUGGAAGCUGCCAAUGCAGAGAAAUUUGCAGAUAACUUCAAAGACAUGGAUUACGUUAAAGUCCCAACAAUAUAUUGGGAAUACACAACACCACAGGUUCUGACAAUGGAAUAUGUCCCGGGGAUCAAAAUAAACCGCAUACAAGCUCUAGAUCAGUUGGGUGUGGAUCGCAAGAGGUUGGGCCGGUAUGCUGUUGAAUCUUACCUGGAGCAGAUUCUAUCACAUGGCUUUUUCCAUGCUGAUCCAGUAAGUCAUCCUAUUUUUUUUUUUUUCCCGGUGCUGAGUAGAGAAAACACCUUGCAGGAGCAAGGUGAUUUGAAGCUUCGUGUACGGGCUUUGGAGUCUGAGAGAGCUUUUCAACGUGUUGCAGCUGUUCAAAGUACAGUUGGAAGUGCAGUUGCUGCUGGAAGCUUAAUUAACCUUGCAACGAUUUUAUACCUCAAUUCCAUCCGGACACCUGCAGUGAUCGCAUACACCUUCUGUGCGUUUUUUGGACUCCAAGUUUUGAUUGGUAUUUUCAAGGUUAAGAAAUUAGAUCAAAGAGAGAGACUAAUCACCGGAACUGCUUAGGAAUAUGAGUCGAAAUGACUAAUGGGAAGAAGCAUUCAUAAAUGCAAGAUAUUCUCUUCAAUAAUCUUUAGAGGAAGCAAGAUUUGAGGGCAGAUAGUUGGAUGUUUUUCUGAAACCUUUGUCCCUGGGGACUAUACUUUCAGUAUCGAGAUCCUGUUGUGUGUCUGCUAACACAAGAAAUCACAACUCAAAGUCGGGUCUUGUUUGGAUAAGCUAAACCAGUUUGCUCAAUAUCCAUGAAACUAACAAAUAUUUUCCGUGAAAGUACAUGGAAGAUUGAGUUUUUACUGCCGGGCUGAUGCUUAUCUUCCCGUAGCUGUAUAUGCAGAGGUAUACUGUUGCAGUAGAAGUUAUUGGAAUUAAUUUAAGAAGUUAAACAUCAUCUUAGAUUGAGGAACCAAAAUUCCAUGUAUAGUAUAUAGCAUGCUAAAGUUUUCGCAUUGGUGUAAAACUUAACUUUUUUUGUUGGAAAUGAAAUGAAAUGAAAUGUCAACUCAAAUGUCCUGUUUUA